UGGAUCCCCAUUCUCUCCGCUGCCCAGCCUAACCCUUCCCUUGCCCAGGGAUGGGGCCGGAGGAGCGCUCCCCUCCGCUGCAGUGAAGCUGGGGCGGCUACUGCAACUGCAACAGCAGCAGCGGGGGUGGCUUGUCUUGGGCAUGCGCACCAGCACUGCGGCUGCGGGCCGGGAGGCGGUGGUGGGCCGGGGGCCGACCUCGGAAGACCCCCCCCCCCUCCUCUAUGUAUGCCUUCUAUUCGCUCCUGGUCUACAUUUUUUACACCCUUUUUCGAAGGGAUGGGGAGGGAGCGGCUGCAGCAACGCACACCCGGGACCCCUCACAGGGGGCUGGCUCCCUCCCCAGAAGUAGCCGCCGACACCGCCGCCAACCACAGCAAGAUCUCUGGACUGAGCUGAAUGGCCUAGACAGCUCCUCAGACCCAGGCUCUGAGAGUGACAGGGAUGGGAAACAGGAGGCAACAGCUGAGGGAGCUGCUGGCAGCUCCCCAGAGGUCUCUCUGGAAGAAGCCAUCACCCACCUGGCUGAGUUCCUGUCUCUCCAGCUGGGGACAGGUGAAGGCUGGACAAGAUCCCUGGACCCAGACAAGGCUCCUCUGCUGUUGACGCUGACUGGGCAGCUCCUAGCAGUGGUAGCCUGGCUCUGCAAGGGCCAGCGGAGAAUCGACCACCCAAGGCUCCAGCAUGGCUUCCAGCAUCAGCUUAGUGGAUCCCAGCAGACCAGGUCCCCCAGCCCAUGCACAACUCCAACUUCCAUAUCUCAGAGAGGGCAGCCCUCAGCUCCAGAUGGGCUAAGGGUAGCCAUGCGGGGUGAGCUAAGGGGCAAACCCCAGCAGAGGGAAGAGGAACAUAGAGACUGGCAAUGGCUGGAGGGGACCACCCUGGGGCAGAUAGAGGAACUGAAGCAACAGCUAGAACACCAGGAGGAAGAAUGGCGACUUCGGCUGGGAGUGGGGGUAACAGUUGAGAAGCGGAUUCAGCACCUGACACUGGAGAAAUGAGGCCUGAAACAGAGCCUGAGCCUUACCAGGGAUCUGCCUGCUCAGUGGGGGCCUGGGCCCCUUGCCCAGACUCCCUCCCCCUACACAGAGGAGGCAGAGGUCUUGGUGGAGCUUAGGAGCCGGCUCAGAGAGACCGAAGAGACAACAGAGAUCCUCAGGGCCCAGCUGGGGGUACAGGAGGGACAGCUCUGGGAGCUUCAGGGUGCCCUUCAAGAGCUACAGCAGGAGGCAGCUGCCCGGGAGCUGAAGCAAAGAAGCAAGAGGGAGCUGAGGCAGAUCAUGAGCCAACUGGCAGGACUUCGAGGACAUAUAGUCGCUUUGCGGCAGGGCUGUGGGGACCUUGUGGGCCUGGUCAUUGCCUACCAGAAUUACCAGGGGCUCUGAAAGAGGCCCAAGGGACAGGUGUGCUGGGCUUUGGCAGAACUGUCAGCCAGUCAGUGGGGAAGGAGAGUCCCUGAAGAACGUAAGAAACCCAGAAGAGCCUAUCAGGGUCGACUGCUGGAGCUCAGAGGGAACAUCAGAGUGCUGUGCAGGCUGAAGCCAGGGAGCCCUGGGAACCUGUUGAAUGUGAACCCAGGUCCUGGGGGCACAAUCACUGCUAACUACCGUGGGCGUCAGCGUCACUUCCGCCUAGACCGUGUAUUCCCACCUGAUGCCACUCAAGAGGAGGUGAUUAGGGCGCUAGAACCUGCAGUGCAGUCCUGUAUUCAAGGUUACAGCGUCUGCAUCCUUCACUGCCAAACUGGGACUGGCAAGACCUACAGCAUGGAGGGUCCUCCGGAAGACCCAGGCAUCGCCCCCAAGAGCUGCAAGUCACUUUUCCGGGAGAUGGGGGCACAGGGAGGGCCAAGACAGCACCGUGUGACAGUCAGCAUGGUAGAGAUCUAUAAUGAGGCUGUGAGGGAUCUCCUAGCCUCAGGACCCCCCGAGCGCCUUACAGUGCGUCAGGGGCCAGAGGGCUGUGGGGGAAUCCAUGUGCCUGGCCUCACCUGCUGGGAUGAUAUGCUGAAUCUGGGGAGGCGAAACCGAGCCACAGCUGCCACCACCAUGAAUGAGCACAGCUCUCGUUCCCAUGCCUGGUCACCCCUGACGCUGACCACUGUCUCCCCCUCCUAAUGGCCAGGAACUGCAGGUACCGCUACACUGGUGGACUUGGCAGGCUUGAGAGGGUGUGGAAGGCCCGUGAUGACGGAGUCGAGUGGCAGGGCUGGAGCCAGGGGCCGGAGGCUGCGGAAGCACGACAAUCAACCGCUCACUGCUGCCUUGGGGGGCGUGAUGGCGGCCCUCCGAGCACGCCCCCAUGUCCCCUUUCGAGACUCUCAGCUCACCCGGUUGCUGCAGCCGGCUCUAGGUCCGGGAGCCACAGCUGUAAUGUUGUACAGGUGGAUCUCAUCCCGGCCAGAGGAUGUCGGGGAGACGGUAUGCCUCCCUGAAGUUCGCUGACGUGUGAGCCCAGUGGAGCUGGGUCCCGCCCGGCGCCACAGGCCCCCAACCUCCGGAACCCCAACGUCGUCCAGCACGGGGGGAACUCCUUCCUAGGGGACCCCUACCACACCUGGCCCAGAAUCUCCCCAGAAACAGAGAAGCCCUCUGUACUCCUCCUCUGUAACCCCACUGAUGUCCUAACAAGCCCGUGCUCUGGGCUAGGGGAGACCUUUGACGGG